UAUGCUACGCAAAACAGGUUAAUACCAGCCGCGAUCAGCACAUCAAAUACAGCGCACUAGCUCGCGGUUAGGGUUACUGGACUUGUCGACAAAGCCUUCGGGUUUAGAGCGUUAUCGUGUCAUCUCAGUAUAGUUGCUCACAGUAAUCUAUCCUAGGAGCCUUUAGCUGGCUUAAUUGUCCUCCUGCGUGCCGUGGGCGGCCCCAGCGAGAUAUCGCCGUGGUCUGGAGCACCGCUUGGAGGCCGCUAGAGCCCCUUACUAUGCUUUCGAAGUCAAAUAAUCGAUACCAGAACAACGUGUUUUAGCAGCAUCCAAAGCAAGGGGACCAUGGAGGCUGCGGCAGGCGCCCCGAUGCGCCCCCGGCUUGCACAGGUUGGACACACACACCGGCGCUGCGCCAACAGCUUUCAGCGCAUUCCGCCGUCCUUUAUAGUAUCACGAAAUUUAGCAAGAUCCUUGCAUUCCGCGGCCGGCCCAGGGCCCGGCUCUUCGAGCGACGCCGGCGAUGCGCUUGCGCCCAUCCUUUUCCGCUUCGGCGACAGUCCUACAUCACCAACGAUCAGCGGAAAAAGCUCACAAAGUCAAAGCUCUUCGCGUUCAAACAUUUUUGCCGGCAGCGGCAGCAGCGCAUCCCUCACCGGAGGCAGCAUCUCCCCGGGCGGUACUGCAAGCAUCUCGGGCGGAGGGAUCAGCGGGCUAGCCCCGCCCUCAGCCGUUGCUGCUAGCGCUGGUUUAGCUCCUCUGGAGGCUCCCCCACGUCCAGCAACUUCCACCAGCAGCAGUAGCGGCGGCAGCAGCAGCAACACUUCCAUCAGCAAAGCCACGCCAUCCCGGCUGUCCCGCGACACCUCAGCGAGCAGCAGCGAAACUGCCAACUCCGCUACCGCUUCCACCUCGACGAAAAGCACCAUUAGCAGCAGCAACAGCGCGAGCUACAGCGAGUACUAUCGCAUGAACAACACGCCCUUCCAAAGGCCCCCUGCAGCGGGUACCCCCUCCUCACCCUCCUCCAGCACCACCACCACAACCACCACGGAUGCUGCCCUCCCCAAGGUUGCCAGCACAGGAGCUGACAGCAGAUCACCCACCUCCAUUCCUGCUGCUGCUAAGGUUUCGGAGCCAAGCCAGGCCAGCAGUAGCGAACGGGCUGCCCCCACAGCCACAGCAGCCGAUGCAGCCGCACAGGCAACGACAACCACCCCCACCCCGACCCCCACCGCCGCUGCUACCGACGCCAGCACCCUGACAACCAGCAGCAUCGAGGAAGCUCCUUCCUCCACAACCGCCUCCUCGUCCUCCACCACAACCGCCACAAGCGCCGAAGCUCCUGAUACCCCCUCCUCGCCCUCCACCUCCUCCACCGCCCCCGCGGACGACCCCCAAGUCGCUGCAGCCAUAGCUCGCGCCCAGGCCGCCCUGAAGCGCGCCGAGAACUCCCUGGAGGGCAUCGAGCGCCUGAGCAGCAGCCUGGAGGAGGUCAGCAUGCUGCGAGCGAGCGCCGAGCCGCCCAGCAAGUGGGCGCGACUGCUGUCGCUCGCUCGCGCCGCCGCCUCAUUGGGCGCGCUGUCGGUCGCGCUGCUCGCCUCGCAUGCAUUCGGAUUGGCAGUGCAGUGGGUGGGGGCAGUGGCGGGUGCGGCGGGUAUCGCGGCGUGGGGGCUGCAGCGGCGGGCGCUGGCGCCGAGUGGAGCGGCGGCGGCGUUUUUGGUGGGGUGUGGCACGCUGGGGAGUAGCUUGAGGUUCGGCGCGACGCUGCUGGCGUUUUUCCUGUCGAGCAGCAAGCUGACGAGCUACAAGGAGGAGAUGAAGGAGGGGCUGGAGGAGAGCGCGCGCAAGGGCGGCAUGCGGGAUUGGGUGCAGGUCCUCUGCAACGGCCUGGUCCCCACCGUCCUCGCCGUCGUGUACGGCAUCCUCGCGGGCUGCGUCGACCUCCCCCUCGGCCCGCCCAUCUCCUCCAUCGCCCCCACCAUCCCCACCCCCCCUUCCGCCGCCGCCGCCACCGCCACCGCUGCUGCCGCGGCCGCCGCCCUCGCCACGGGCCCUGCCCUGGAGCCCUGGCGCGCCGCCGCCCUCACAGCCCUCAUGGGCGGCUUCCUGGGCUACUACGCGUGCUGCUGCGGUGACACCUGGGCCAGUGAGCUGGGGCCGCUGUCCGCGGACACCCCCGUGCUCAUCACCAGCAUGCGGCCCGUGCGGAGGGGCACCAACGGCGGCGUGACGCUGUUGGGGCUGAGCGCCUCCAUCUUUGGGGGCAUGUUUGUGGGCCUGGUGUUCUACCUGGCAGGCCUGCUCUCCCCCACGCUGUGGAUCUUCUCCUCCCAGCGCGCCCUGGCCGCCGCCCAGUGGCGCCUCAUCCCGCUGGGCCUCAUGGCGGGGCUGUUGGGCAGCGGCCUGGACUCGCUGCUGGGAGCCACGCUGCAGUUCAGCGGCUACCAUGCGGCGUCGGGUCGCAUCGUGAGCGCGCCGGGGCCGGGCGUGGAGCGUAUUGCGGGGCGGCCGCUGCUGAGUAACAAUGGGGUGAAUGCGCUGUCGGCGAGUGCGACGGCGGCGUUGACGGCGUUUGUGGCGCUCAAGACGUUUGGGUUUUGAGGAGGAGGG